AACAGACAGACAGACAGAUGGGCAAACUGUGUCUCCUGCUGGAGCUCAAGGACUGAAGGACACCGUAAAGCGCAGCUGAUAAGCGGCUUUAAUCGGCUAAUUUGGCCUCGGUGGCCUUUAGCAGGCUGCAGGUAAACACACCGGAUCUAAAAACACCCGCUGCCCGACACACUCACCGUGGGCAGACCGCGGAGAAGCUCCGGGUGGUCGUCACUCUCCAACCUGAGCUUUUACCUGAGGAAACAUGAAUUUCCUCCUCAACUUUCUAAUUAUUUGAGGGAUAUAAUGCACUUUUGAUCAAGUUUUUUUUUCAUCUUCACGGCGCAGAAUGGUCUUUCUCACGAAGACAGGCGGAACUUUAUCAGCAUCUAUUUAAUAAUUAUGAGUUAACGGUGAAUAAGACCAAACUCCACCUGUUUCCAUCCUGUUUUACGCGGAGGUUUUUUGCGUAAAGUGCGCACCGGAGCGCUCUGGAGCUCCGCGGGAGAGUCUGGUAGAGUCUGAGUCUCGGUGACACCAUGAUGACACCACAGUGCGGGGACAAGAGUCCGGCCCGGCCUUCAUGAGAGCCCGCUGGCCGCACUGCUGCGGCUGGGACCGGGACGGAGCGGAGGAGCCGCGGUGGAGAUGGCGGCCAACCUGACCGCUGCGGUGGCGGCCCCGGAGGCGGCCGCCAGGGGACACAAUGUGCCGGCCCUGUUGUUCGGGGUGCUGCUGAUCGUGGUGAUCAUCUGCGGGAACCUGCUGGUGUGUCUGAGCGUGUUCACGGAGAAGGCGCUGAAGACCACCACCAACUACUUCAUCGUCAGCCUGGCGGUGGCGGAUCUGAUGCUCGCGGUGCUCGUGCUGCCGCUCUUCGUCUACUCCGAGUUUCAGGACGGUGUAUGGACCCUCAACACCACCAUCUGUGACUGUCUGAUGACCAUGGACGUGAUGCUGUGCACAGCCUCCAUCUUCAACCUCUGCGCCAUCAGCGUCGACAGGUUCAUCGCCGUGUUAAUCCCUCUCAACUACAACAGGAAGCACGUGGACCUGCGGCAGACAGUGCUGCUGUCAGCCACCUGGAUCCUGGCCCUGGCCGUGGCCUCGCCUGUCAUAUUCGGAAUCAACAACGUGCCGGGCCGAGACCCCAGCGAGUGUAAACUGGAGAACGACGACUACGUCCUUUACUCUUCUGUGUGCUCUUUCUUUAUCCCCUGUCCCAUCAUGGUGCUGCUGUACUGUGGCAUGUUCCGCGGCCUGCGGCGCUGGGAGGAGGCACGUAAAGCCAAGCUGAGGAACAGCAUCCAGGCCUGUCGCAAGCUCCAGGAAGCCGCUGCAUCGCUGCCACCACUGGCCUCACUGCCGCCGCCGCUGCCACCCAUCAUAGAGAGGGAACAGACAGAUACCCUGGAUGAGCCGUCCACCUACCCAUCCCCAGACCGGCCCUUUCACUCGUCAAAGUACAAAGACGGCCCUGUGCCUACGGUCAGCUUUGCAGAGAUCAAGUUCAACCCUGACAUUCGCAGGAGGAAGACGGCCAAGAUCAACAGCCGGGAGAGGAAGGCCAUGAAGGUGCUUCCUGUCGUUGUGGGUGCCUUCCUGUUCUGCUGGACUCCCUUCUUUGUCCUCCACACCAUGCGAGCUCGCUGUCAGGACUGCCAUGUCCCACCGGCCCUGAUGAGCGUGGUGACGUGGCUUGGCUACGUCAACAGCGCUCUCAACCCCAUCAUUUACACUGUCUUCAACACUGAGUUCAGGAACUUCUUCAAGAAGUUCCUGCACCGCUGCUGCUCUAAGAGCACCCGAUAAGGACACUGCUGCUGAAUGGACAAUGUUUAAAUGCACAACAGCUGAAAGAGACGCUACUGUCUGUUGAUUUAGUGUCUGUAGUCCGUGUACAGUAUGUUGCCAUUGUUUCCUUCCUCUGUGAGGUUUUAUUUUUCUACAUGUGCCGACAGCAAAGUUUGUUUGAGCUUCAUGUUUCCUGUGAAGAAGCUUCAGUCUGAGAAACAAACUGUUCAGAGGAUCAGCAACACGUCUACAUCACACAACCAACAAGAACUGAUUUUAUAAGUUGAAAUUCAUCUUUUCAGAAUAAAUGUUUUCACU